GCCGAGGUUUCGAAACAGCUUGCAUGUGAGGGACACAUGAGGGCAGCAUUCAACAACAUAAACACGCGACUCUUGAAAAUCUGGCGCUACCGAGUGGCUGAAAACUUUCUUAUUACGUCAGUGUCAGUACUACAUGUUUGUUUUCAUUAAAGUGUGUUUUUGGUCCAACGUAAUAACACCAAAAUGGAUGAGAAGCAGGGAGCAACUUCUGAUGAUGUCCCAACUGGGGAGGUAACGUCAACCACAGUUACGGAGGGUGAUGUUGUCAAGAUGCCAACAGCUGUGGCCAUCACUAUGGAUGCUAUUCCCAAUGAAGAUAAGGAGGACAAAUCCAAAGGUCUUGACCCACAAGAUAACCAUUCCACCAGCACCUCUGACGUACCAGUAACUGGCACUGCCAUAACAGAUCCUUAUCACUAUCUGACACAACAGCACUUCACCUCAGAGAUCUUCAAGAUUGAGAUCCAAAACCUCCCAAGACAUUUUGGAUUUGCGGUUAAACAACAUGGUGACUCCACUGUGGAACCAGCCGUAUGAGGACCAGCUAUCCACCAGACAGACCAACAGCAGGGAGUUUCUGAGGAAUUUAUCCAAGGUGCUGCAACGGAACAUUGGGGAGAUGUCUCCCUGGCUGAAGCAACAAAGGAAGAGCCAUAGUGGGAUGGCAUGUGAGUUGGAGCCAAUUAAGCCAUCGCCAGUAUUAGAGAGCUAUCGCAUCAAGUGUGAGUUUACCAUCGGCAAGAGUGUAGAUGGCAUCGAUAACACUGUUGGUUUCCGGCUUGGCGCUUACAAAAGUCUUGACCCACAAGAUAACCAUUCCACCAGCACCUCUGACGUACCGGUGACUGGCGCUGCCAUAACAUAUCUUUAUCACUAUCUGACGCAACAGCACUUCACCUCAGAGAUCUUCAAGAUUGAGAUCCAAAACCUCCCAAGACAUUUUGGAUUUGCGGUUCCCAUCUGAAGUCCAUCCAGAUGAUCCUUAAUAAGACAGCAGACGAUACAGGCAUCGACUCCAACACCCUAGCCUUACAGAUGAAGGCCCAUCCUGAGCUGAGGGACAAGCUUCAUGUCAUCACCUCAUUUGGGCCUUUGCCUGUCUACCCUGGGGUGGUCAACUCAGAAUUACCUGAGGAAGUACGGUACCUGUCCUCACGGAGGCUACGGUCUCGGACUGGACGAUUCUUGACCUGGAUCCUAAACCGCAUGCAUAUCAGGGACGUCUGCUUCUACCCACGCUUCAUAAAACGAUGCACGCCAUAGAUGUGUCAACAUGUCGCCUUCAAUUCCUGAUUCUAAGCAUUGCUUAUUUGGUGUGGGAAAUCAAGAUUAAUUAGGGGUGGGGCUAGGUUGAUCAAGUGGGGGGGGGGUUGAUUGUAUGCCCUAAGAUGGAAUUCCUGGAGAUAAUUUUGCCAUUGUAUUGUAAGGUAUUUCUUCAAGGUGCAGUUUUACACUUUCUUCACAGUUUGCUCUUUUAGUUUCAAGUAAUUUGUUUUUUUUUACUGAAACUCAACAAUUUGCAAGGGGUUAACCUUACAUUUUUUACGAAAUUUUGCCAAAACAGGACUUGCCUCCAAAUGACUCGGAAAUGCCCUACGAUGUAAGAUGACUUUCAAUCAAUGUUCAAAAAAAAAAUUAUCAUGAAGAUUUGAGCAAAAAUUACUGGUUUAUUGAUUGGAAAAAAAAGUUAUCUUUUGUGACCGCGAUUUUCCCCAUAUUUUUGACGCGAUUAUCUGUUGGAUGGAAUAUCUGACCAGAAAUCGUGUUGGAAUUUGGCCUCAAGUACUUUAGGC